UGUCUCGUGCUGUGUUGUGGGUCAAGGUAAACCUCUCCUGGGCACCACCGAUUGCUGGUCUGGCAGCCAGAGAUCCGGAUAAGGCCCUCCCUCGGCUACAGAGAUAGAAAGCUAGGAGAGGUGUACAGUGUUGUAGGGCAGAAUCCACAAGAUGUGGCCCUGUGGCUUUGGGUGACAGAUGGGCAUUCUAAGCAAGACACAAUACGCUGAGGGUAGAGUUUGUUUAAUGUGGGAUUGUAUGUGUGUUUUCUACCAGCGUGUGUUUUCUUGCUUGUGUCUUGUGCUGCACGCAUGAACUGUUUAUGAACUGUUUUCUGCACAGCUGGUGUAGUGUGUUGUGUUGUGGAGGGCGCCAGAAUGCAGGUGUAUGUGCCUAUUUGGAGGGAGCGGUCAUGGACCUUUGAGUCAGAAGGCAUCACAUCUGAGUCCCAUUUCUGUGGCCUUGCUGAGGUAUGGUCCAGCUGUGGAGGGCAGGCUAGUGGAUGAGCAAAUUGCACAGCUAGAACUCAGAUCUUGUAGAUCAUGAGAAGAGUGAGAAACCCCAGGGUGUGUCUUGGGUGCCUGUGGGUUAGCUGACAUUGGUGUCAGGGGCUCAGGGUGGGAUGUGCCUGUUGUGUUUGUGGGAUCCUAGGCAGCCAAGCCAGAUGAAGGUCUUGUGUUUUCAACAUUCUCAACAGGAUUCUUUUGUGACGUUGUUUGUGGGAGCCUGUCUGGACUGCUGGGCUGGGACGCGAGCUGGUCAGAAAACACAUGUGGGGAGGGAGGUGGCGUGACAAGGGCAGUGUGGGCCUUAGAUCCAAGAGACCAGCUGAAAGCUGUGUGUGUUUGUGUGUGUGCCUACCUUCUGUGUAUUUAAGUGGCCAUGGGGAUGCAGGGAGGCCAGGGGGAUAUGCUAUGAGGAAGGUGCCAGAUAAAUGUGGGGCAGAACAAGGGCAGCAGGUAGAGGCAUGGGUGUUGUGGGGUGGCCUAGCUAGUCUUCUGCAGAGUCUGUGUGCUUGUCCCACACUGGCCCGCCCGGCAUGUCAGGGUCACCCAGAGGAGAGACUGGGCGGCUGCAAGGGAAGUGAGCUUAGACAGAGUGGCUCCUUGACCAUGUUUAUGUAAAGGCCGGGUGUGACUCUUGUCACUAAAAUGGAAAAAAGAAAUGUGAAGUUUUCAGCCUCCUCCUGCUUUGCCCCCUCCGUCUGCUCCCUUGUGGGUCUCUCUGACGCACACUGGGCCCCACUCCUGCAACUGUGGAAGGGCCUUGGAAUGGAAUUUGCUCAGUAGGCAGAUUCCUCAGAACAGGUUUUCCCUUACCUUUGGAGGCUGGGCCCUUAUGUAGGGGUGUACAUGCACUCCAAGCCUGCACACCACUCUGUACUGCGUCUGGACUAGCAGGGAGGAUGUGUAUCCAUGGGGGACCACUUCCUCCAGCACAGGGGCUAGGAGGGGGCUGGAUGCUGUGUGAAGCCUGCACAACAGGUGCAAUGACAGUCUGGUGAAAGGAAAGGAGCCCGAGACUAGAGCUGAGUUCUGGCAGCUCUACCACUUCCUCGCUGGCACUUUACUUGGAAGGAAGAGGCCCGGAAGAAGGGACUCGCUGAGCCACCCCCCGCUCUGCUCCAUGUUGGCUGUGCUCUCAGGCUGGCGCCAUGCCCCCUCCUGCAGAGGUGACGGACCCAUCCCACGCCCCCGCUGUCCUGCGUCAGCUCAAUGAGCAGCGGCUCCGUGGCCUCUUCUGUGAUGUCACCCUCAUAGCUGGAGACACCAAGUUCCCUGCUCACCGCAGUGUCCUGGCUGCUUCAAGUCCCUUCUUCAGAGAGGCUCUGCUCGCUUCAGCCCCACUGCCCCUCCCAUCAGUUACUGGGGGCUCAGCUCCCAAUCCUGCUGCCACCACAGCUGCCUCUUCCUCCUCUUCCUCGUCUUCCUCUUCCUCCUCUUCUUCCUCCUCUUCUCCUCCUCCAGCCUCUCCCCCUGCUUCAUCCCCACCUCGGGUCCUGGAACUCCCAGGGGUCCCAGCAGCUGCCUUUUCUGAUGUCCUAAAUUUCAUCUAUAGUGCCCGGCUUGCACUACCUGGUGGUGGAGGGGAUGGGGCAGCUGUAGCAGAGAUUGGAGCUCUAGGGCGGCGUCUGGGCAUCUCCCGCCUGCAGGGCCUAGGAGAGGGAGGCGAUGCCUGGGUCCCUCCUGCCCCAGCCCCCAUGGCCACCUCACAGCCUGAAGAUGAUAACUUUGGGCCUGGGCCUAGGCCACCUGCGGAGUGGGAAGGUGACAGGGCUGAGGCCCAGGACCCUGACUUGCAGUCCUCAUUGCCCCGGCGGUCCCUUCCCUGCCCCCGAUGUGGAAAAAGCUUCAUCCAUCCUAAGCGGCUACAGACCCAUGAGGCCCAGUGCCGACGUGGGGGUGGCACUCGGGAAGCUACAGGGCUGGGAGCUGGGGGUUCUGGCCCUGGUGGUCCUGCAGGAGUGGAUGCCUCAGCUUUGCCCCCACCUGUGGGCUUCCGAGGUGGCCCUGAGCACGUAGUGAAGGUGGUGGGUGGCCAUGUGCUGUACGUGUGUGCAGCUUGUGAGCGUUCCUAUGUGACACUGUCCAGCCUGAAGCGGCACAGCAAUGUGCACUCAUGGCGGAGGAAGUACCCCUGCCGCUACUGUGAGAAGGUGUUUGCCCUGGCUGAGUACCGCACUAAGCACGAGGUGUGGCACACUGGAGAGCGCAGGUACCAGUGUAUCUUCUGCUGGGAGACUUUUGUCACUUAUUAUAACCUGAAGACCCACCAACGAGCCUUCCAUGGCAUUAGCCCGGGCCUCCUAGCAAGUGAGAAGACACCCAAUGGAGGCUAUAAGCCCAAGCUCAAUACUCUCAAGCUGUACCGCCUCCUCCCUAUGAGGGCAGCCAAGCGGCCCUAUAAGACCUACAGCCAGGGAGCCCCCGAGGGCCCCCUUUCUCCAAGCCUCAACACACCGGCCCCUGUGGCAAUGCCAGCCAGCCCACCACCUGCACCUCCACCUGCCCCAGAACCUGGUCCCCCACCCUCUGUCAUCACUUUUGCUCACCCAGCCCCCUCUGUCAUUGUCCAUGGGGGCAGUAGCAGUGGUGGAGUGGGUAGUGGGCCAGCCAGCACUGGAGGGUCCCAGACCGCCUCGGUCAUCACUUACACUGCACCCCCAAGGCCUCCCAAGAAACGGGAGUACCCACCUCCUCCCCCAGAGCCUACAGCCACACCUGCCAGCCCAGCCACAGCAGUCAGCCCAGCCACAGCUGCAGGGCCAGCCACAGCCACCACCACAGAGGAAGCCAAGGGCCGGAAUCCACGGGCUGGGAGGACUCUGACUUACACAGCCAAGCCAGUGGGUGGGAUUGGCGGGGGCGGGAGUUCCCCUGCAGGGCCUGGCCGGGGGCCGUCUCAGCUCCAGGCUCCACCUCCACUGUGUCAGAUCACUGUGAGAAUUGGGGAAGAGGCAAUUGUCAAGCGUCGCAUCUCAGAAACUGACCUUCGUCCUGGGGAGCUGAGCGGAGAGGAGGUGGAGGAGAGUGAGGAUGAAGAAGAGGAUGAUGAGGAUGAAGAUGAGGAUGAGGAGGAAUCAAAGGCUAGUGGGGAGGACCAGCUCUGGAGACCCUACUAUUCCUACAAGCCGAAGCGUAAGGCUGGAGCUGCAGGAGGUGGCAGUGGUGGCAGCGGGCUGCCCCGAGGCCGCCGGCCACCACGCUGGAGGCAGAAGCUGGAAAGGAAAAGCUGGGAAGAGACCCCAGCAGCUGAAAGCCCAACAGGGCGUGCUCGCACAGAGCGGAGGCACCGCUGCGGGGACUGUGCCCAGACCUUCGCCACCCUGAGGAAGCUGCGAAAGCACCAAGAGGCCCACUGUGGAGGCUCCCACAGCUCCCGAGCUGGGCGGAGGCCUUCCACUCGCCUCACCUGCCCCCACUGUGCCAAGGUGUGCAAGACAGCAGCUGCCCUGAGCCGCCAUGGGCAGAGACAUGCUGCUGAGCGGCCAGGGGGCACCCCCACACCUGUCAUCGCCUAUUCCAAGGGCAGCGCUGGCACCAGGCCAGGGGAUAUCAAGGAGGAGGCCCCCCAAGAGAUGCAGGUCUCCUCAUCUAGUGGGGAGGCAGGCGGUGGGAGCACUGCUGCUGAGGAAGCUUCUGAGACCGCCUCACUCCAGGACCCUGUUAUUUCUGGGGGUGAGGAGCCCCCAGUGAUGGCAGGAGGGGGAAGCUAUGCAUACCCACCUGUGCAGGAAUUUCCACUGGCCCUCAUUGGGGGCAACCGGGAACCUGGAGGUGGCAGGGGAAAACCUGGGAGUGAGGGGCCAGGGGGUGCUGGUGAGGGGGACCGGAUGGAGGGGAUGGGGGCUGCCAAAGUCACCUUCUACCCUGAGCCCUACCCACUUGUCUAUGGUCCUCAGCUCCUUGCUGCCUACCCUUACAACUUCAGCAACUUGGCUGCUCUCCCAGUUGCUCUCAACAUGGUCCUACCUGAUGAAAAGGGUGGGGGGGCCCUUCCUUUCCUACCAGGGGUCUUUGGCUACACAGUGAAUCCUCAAGCAGCACCCCCUACUUCCCUAACACCACCCCCCCCAACUCUUCCUCCGCCAGUUCCCCCUAAAGGAGAAGGAGAAAGGGCAGGGCUUGAGAGAACCCAGACGGGAGAUGUGGGGUGAGCUUUGGGGCCAGAGUCCCCUUUUACCAGAUGCCACCCACCCUGAACCCUCCACCACUACCAGCUCCCUGGCCUCCCUGCCCCUUGGGAGCCCCUCCACACACUUGUGCAGGGACUUGGGGGCCCCUGGAGCUCAGGGGUCAGGCUGCUUUGUGUGAGAUUGUAGUUUUCCCAUCUCCUGGAAAGGGGUCUUUGGUGGUUCCCCUUCUCAGGCUUCCUCCAGAGAAUGGCCUCCAUGAGGGGCCGGGCCAGAUCCCAUCCCUUCUCCAGCCCUUGGGGCAACUGAGCAAUAUACAUAUCUGAAUCUCUACUCACAGCCCCCACCAGCUCUGAAUGUCUAACCUGCUCCUCUGAUUUGUAAACCUAGGGGGAAACCAUCUCUUUCACUUAAUGAUCUCUCCCCUUGUUCUGAAGCUUUCUCAAAGCCUUUCCUCAGAUGCUUCCUAGCACAUUCCAUUCUUUAUGGCCCAGGGCCUGGACCAGACCAUUGUGAAACCCAACUCCACCUACCUGGGAGCAUGGCUUUGGAUUCCACUCUUCCCAAGGGUGGGUUUCUCUGUCCCUGUUUCUUUUGCAUUGAGAUCCCAUGCCUUCCUUGGCUUCCAUGCCUUUGGAUCUUCUAUAUUCCUCCCUAUUCUCCUAGAUCUGGAGAUAGCCUCUCCCAAUCCAGGUCAAGGAAGUGUUGGGGGGAAGGCUACCCUUCUGAUCAUAGCUGAGCACUUUUCCCAGCUCAGGGCAGGGAAAUCUUGGCCCUAUCUUGACCUUCAAAUCCAGUGAGCCCGAGAUUCUUCCAAGGCAGAAGAGGUGUAUAGGUCACACCUCCUCUUGCCUCUACCUAUAGCCUCUUCUGGGCUAAAACAGAUUUGGGGGCCAGGAGGGAAAAGCUCCAUCUAAGAUGGAGAAGGAAUCUACUUUCUCCCUGUUUUUUUCCUGAUGGUUUCUCCCAGACUAGACCAAAUAGCCAGAAAAAAGAUGGGGGUUGGAUGGGUGGGUAAGCCCAAGAUUUGCACAUGACCUUCCAUCCUUACCUUUACCCUUAUCUUUCCUCACCAAUCACUCCAGAUGGUUUUGGGGGAACCAUUCUACUCUCCUGGUGGGCUCUGGGGUAUCCCCACCAACUGUCCUUCCAAAAUAGCACCUUAUACCCCAUCUUUGACUCAGUUCCCCAUACCCAAAGAUCCCAGCCUAGGGAUGGGGUGCAGGGACCAUGUCCCUAAUCCCUAAUUUGCACUAGUUAACCCUGGUCAGGGGUCCCUAUAUUUCCUUCCAGUGGGGGAGAUGAAGAAAUGUUUGCUCCUAAUUCUCUUUGAAAACUGGGCCUCCUUGCUCUGUGAUUGGAUGGACAUUUCCCAUCCCACCCACUUCUUCCUCAAAACAAAACAAAACAAACACAAAAAAACCAGCUCCCAAGGGGACAGCCUGUUUGAGGGAGCAAAUUUGACAAAUGGGAAUUAGAGGAGUGCAGUUUUAAAAGGGGAGAAGUUGCUGUCAUCAAAAUGGCAGCCUUUCCCCAGCUACUGUUUUUUUGGCCAAGAUGGCUGCCCUCACAGCAGUUGCUGGGAGGGCAAGAUCAUGGCUUCUGGAGGGAGGUGAGUUUAGAGGAGGGCCAGGAGCAUCCUCCUUCUCCCUCUUACCCUCCCAGCCGGUAGGAAAGGGGAGGUUUUGACAGGCUCCCUGAAUGUUAACCAUGAAGGAGUCACUCCUUCAUUCCUCUGUCUCUUUGCACUUUUCUUGGUCUUGGCCACAGCCUGAGUGAAGAGUUUUCUACUGAAUGUACCAAGUUCCAAUUUUUAAGGGGGCAAAAACUUUCAAACAGGGAAAAAUGAAAAAAAAAAAAAUCACUGAAAAUUCCCACAAAUCUUGUUUCUGGCACUUUAGAAAAAACUGCGAAAAAAUACGUAAUAAAGAAUACAUAUAUAUAUAAACACACAAAUUAUAUAUAUAUAUAUAUCUAUAUAUACAGCGGAACCACAAAGAGAGACUGAGGAAGGCCUAAAGGCAGGGGGCAGCUAUGAUGGCAGUGCCCCAUAUCCUUAACCUGUACUCCUCUGAGGCAAACAGGCAUGGGAGAAUGGAAGGGGUUGGGGAUGGACUAGGGAAUUUGAAUUUCAGAAUAGGUCAAAAUUCUAAACUAUGGACAUUUGGGGGAGAUUGUAGACAUUUAUUUUUUUUUUAAAUAUUAAGGAAUAUAGGUUCCAGAUUUCGGUGUUUCUGGGCAACAAAUGAGAUUGUGGCUAAGUGGAGAUUAAAAUAUAUGUAUUUGAGCUGGGAAAUUUGACUAUUGUAAGUUUGGAAGUAGAAGAUUUUGCAGUUUCAUCUUUUGAAAAUGAUUAAGUUUUGUCAGUUUGUGCCCUCUUUCCUCAUGUUCCCUGGGAAGCAGGGUAGCAGCAGAGUGGGAAGGCUACUGGUUCUGUGCCACAGCACGCAAGAUUUAGAAUUCUACAGACUCUAGCUCUAUACGUAGUGAGGAUCCAGAUUUAGAGAAACUGACCAAUAUUUAUCUCCGCAUUUGUGUGUGUGUCCAACUCUCUAGGCCAAUAAACCAACAAGAAAGACAAACUGCUCCA